ACGUACGGUACGUGUGCGCAUGCGCGUAAUUCUGUGCGCGAAAAUUUGAUCUCGAAUUUCGCCGGUAUUCAAUUUUCAAGUCAACGAUCUUCAUUAGUUUCUUUCAUUUGGCAUGAAAUAUUUUAAGAACAAUUAGAGGAUUGGCUGUACAAUAAGGUACCUGGAAGAUGUCAACACAUAGAAACUUCAAUUUCAAGCUGUCUCGGAGUGGAAAGUUCAAACCACCAGCAUCUAAUACAGUGCCCCCUACUGCUGCUGGUGCUGCUGCUGCUGCUGUAAGUCAGACAUCGCUGAAAAGUUUCUUCAAGCCCAACCCAACCAACCAGAGUAUGGGCGGAGGAAAUGCCCAGCUGAAGAGUAUCGAAGGUCAUAGAAAUGUUAAAACAUCUGCCAAAGAUGUAUUCAGAGACCAGAAGAAUCAGAUCAUGACUUUACACAGUAAUAUAAUGGAUAAUAGCAAUUCUGUUAUAUCGUCACCCAGCAAUGGAAGGAAGCCUGUGGCAUCAGUUCAACCCUUCACACCAAGUGCUAAGAAAAAUGUUUCUCCUCCUCAAAACUUCUUCAACUUGGAUGAUUUAUCCGACGACGAGGACUUUGAUUUCCUUGAGCCGACUAUGCCUCCCAAGAAGCACUUUUCAUUCAAAAGUAAGCAGCCAAACAGCAAGCCAUCAAUCAUAGAAGGAAAGAAAGAUGAAUGUUACCCUGCCUUUGAGAAAGAUGAUAGUGACAGUGACGAAGAUGUAAUUGCUUCUGCCAAGAAAUCUCAGAAAGGUCGAGCUGUUAUCUUGGAUAGCGACAGUGAUGAUGGUGAGGAGGAUGUUCUAAAAGGAGAAGAUAAUGCUAUUCAUAUAGAUUGGUCAGAAACUCAGCUGCCAGAGGAAGCUGAAAGCAAGGCACCAGACUUUGAUGAUGAGGAGGAUCUGACAUGCAUUGAUAAUGAACCACCACCAUCACUUGGUCCUGUUGCUGAGACCCAGUAUGACUUCAUAGAUGUACCAUCUCCAUCUCCUCCACCCUCACCUGGGGACUUCAACAUUGAUAUACAGUGGGAUUCCCUCCCUUCUCCUCCUCCCAUUGAUGCAGAAGACGAUGCCUUCCCUCCCCCGGCCUCUCCAUCCCCACCGUCGUCCCCGGUCUUCAAGCAGACCCAGCACACCCCUCCAGCAAGGCAACGUCACAGGAUUCCAGAGGAGGACAUCAUAGCAAUUCCUCCAUCCCAAGAUGUGAAGCCGGGAGUAAAACUGGGAGACAAAGGACAAGCCCAAAAACCUAUGGAAGAAAGAAUUGAUGAUAUAUCAUCACUGACAGCACAUCCAGCUCUCAAACCACUUACAGAUCAGAUGAAUGCAGAUGAGCUGCAAGAUAGACUCCAAUCCCUGGACAGCCUUCUCUAUGAAGUCAUGGACAGGAUAUGCAAUACAAUGGAUAUUUAUCUUAGAUCCAUGCAUUCAUCUACUGGAGAUGUGACAUCACCGCCACAACUUGCCACCCUCAAGCAGUUGUCAGUAUUACGGAAGAGAGUGAAAGCUAAACAGAAGCAAGUGCAAUCAAGACAGAAGCAUACAGGAGUUCCUGUGUCAAAGACAUUACCGAUUCGGACGCUCCUCACCAGUAGACCGACAGGACAUUCUUUUGCCAACUCAACCUUGAGCAGUACUGGGCGAUUAGCCAGUGACUUUCUUGAACCAUCCUCUACCGAUGAUUAUCCACCAACCACAGACUACAGCAAUCAAGAUGGAUACAGUUCACGUGAACGAAACUCUGAAUCAAGGUACGAAACACCAAUGAGCAAUGAUAGGAGUUCUGGGCCUGCCAGUUCUUUCCAGUUUAAAACCCCAUCCUCAACUGUAACACCAAGAAGCUUAUCCAGUAAAAGGACAUCACUGAACCAGUCAACUAUCUCAGGGACAAGCCUUCCAGGAUUCAUGAGCACAUCCUCAGGUUUCUCCUCUCCUGGAGCCAAUGGAGCAGGAGGAACCGGAAGAGUGUCUUCUCCGUUGCCUUCUGGUGGUGACAGCUUCUUUGAAGUUGAGGAUACAGACACACCAGGAUCCAGCGGCUAUCAGAGUCGGACUUCCUCCAGCUUCCAGACCCCAAGCACGUUUGGAGCAAGUCGGUUUGAUACGCCACAGAGUGUCCCUGACAUCAGGGGUCGGUCCAGCUUUGAUCAAGGGAGGUCAGAUGAUGGUGGUUCCAGUCGACCAGGGAUGAUGGGUAUCGGAACAAAACGGCAAUCAGCAACUCAAGCGCUCUCUCAAACUGCUAUUCCAUCAUCAAAUCUGAGUCAAGAUUUAAGUGAGAUGCCAGCAGAAGUGGUCUCUGACAAUCCAUUCAGCGGCUACAACUUCCCUCACUCGAGAGAGCUCCACAAGGUCUUCAGGAAGACAUUUGGUCUCCAUCAGUUCAGGGAAAACCAGCUUGAAGCCAUCAAUGCAGCCUUACUUGGGAAAGACUGCUUCAUCCUUAUGCCAACAGGUGGAGGUAAAAGCUUGACCUAUCAACUGCCCGGUGUCCUGACUGCAGGGGUGACCAUUGUCAUAUCCCCUCUGAAGUCCCUUAUCCAGGACCAGGUCCAGAGGUUGGUCUCUCUUGAGAUCCCUGCAACCCAUCUAUCAGGGGAGAUGUCUGGUGCUGCUGCUGAUGGUAUCUACAGACAGCUCUGCAUGAGAGACCCUGUCGUCAAGAUGCUCUACGUCACUCCGGAGAAGAUCAGUGCGAGUCAGAAGCUCUUAUCAACCAUGGAGCAUCUCUACACCAGAGGGUUACUCUCAAGGUUUGUCAUUGAUGAAGCACACUGUGUCAGUCAGUGGGGUCAUGACUUUCGUCCAGACUACAAACGGUUAUGCAAGCUACGCGAGAAGUUCCCUGGUGUGCCCAUGAUGGCCCUGACAGCCACAGCUACCCCUAGGGUCAAGACAGACAUCCUUCACCAACUCAAGAUGAAAAAACCUCAGGUAUUGACCAGUAGCUUUGACCGUAGUAAUCUGAUGUUCAGAGUAGAGAAGAAACAACCCAGUAAGAUGAUAGAGAGGAUUACAAAACUCAUCAACUCACAAUUCAAAGGAAAAUCAGGAAUCAUCUACUGUCUUUCAAGGAAUGAAUGUGAGAAAGUUGCUGAUGAUUUGACCAAGGCUGGAAUCAAAGCAAGUCCAUACCAUGCUGGACAGAGUGAUAAGGAACGGUCAACCGUUCAGACUAGAUGGAUUAAUGAUCAAUAUAAGGUCGUAUGUGCAACCAUAGCAUUUGGUAUGGGAAUAGACAAAGCAGAUGUCAGGUUUGUGAUCCACUACUCCAUACCCAAGUCUAUUGAAGGUUACUACCAAGAGGCUGGUAGGGCUGGUAGAGACGGUGGCAUAGCUCAUUGUGUACUCUACUACUCCUACCAAGAUGUGACUCGUCUUAGGCGGAUGAUAGAGAAGGGUAGUGAUAAUUACAAUGCAAUCAAGGUCCAUGUGGACAAUCUGUACGGCAUGGUGCAAUACUGUGAUAACAUGGCCGACUGCCGUAGAGCUAUCAUGCUCUCAUACUUUGGUGAGACAGGGUACAAUCGAGAGAUCUGCAGACGAAGUAGGGAGACUACCUGUGAUAAUUGCCAGUCAAGUGCAUCGUUUGUUGAAGUGGAUGUGACUAAAGAGGCCAAAGGUCUGGUUCAGUUUGUCGGUGACGUGAGUGGGAAUUCCACCAACAGGUCGAGGUACAAAGGACCUAGACGAGGCAAUAGUCAGUUCACUGCUAAUCACUAUGCUGAUGUCCUUAUGGGUGGGAAUUCAGCAAAGGUCAACCAGAGUGGCCACAACAACAGUCCAGUCUAUGGUAUCCUCAAGAAGAAAGAAUUCCAGCGAGGAGACAGUGAGAGACUGAUCCGUAAGCUCAUCAUCGAUGGUUACCUGCGGGAAGAAAUGUUCGUAGGAGCCCAUGAACAGGCUAUCUGUUACGUCAAAGUUGGCCAGAGAGCCUUUGAACUGCUUAACGGCAGAUGUAAGGUCCAUCUACGCAUGCAGGAGAGUCGUGCAUCACGUGCAAUGUCAGGCAAAGCACCUGUGAUAUCAGCAAGCGCUGCUGCUGCUGCUGCUAUUAGAGACGAUAUCCACCAAAGACUACUGGAUGAUCUAAGGGCCACUUGCAGGACUCUGGCUGCUGAGAACAACAUGAACACAGCCAAUAUCUUCAAUGAUGCAACUCUACGAGAGAUGACGGAGAAGACCCCAUUCACCAUGGAGGAGUUACUAGAUAUCACUGGAGUAACGGAACCCAAGGCUAAGAGAUGGGGCCAAGCCUUCCUACAGGUCAUGUUCAAGUACUUACCAGAACUUAUUCCUGAUGAUGACAUGAUGGAGGAUGAAGCUUUCUCAUCUACGACUGUAAAAGAAUCUCCUUACUUUGACAACGGAGGAAGGGGAGGCCAGUCAGCUUCUAAGACCAAGAGGGACCGCAGUCGAGCCAACCGGAAGCCAAGACCUCCAAAACGCAAGGCAAGUGCCCAGAGCAACGCGAAGGCCAAACGCACCCGGGCUGCCUCCACGGCUGCAUCGUCCAGUGGUCAAGGCGUGAGUAGCCCUGGGUGGCUGACGACCGUCCCUGGUGGGGGAGGGGGCAGUGGGAUGAGUUCGAAGCCGAUGUUAUCAAAGUUUAAGUUCAGUGGAGGGAAAGGAAAAGGAACAGGUGGUGGUGGUAGUCUUGGCUUCAUGCCGGAUCCUAAGAUGAAGAAAGCAAGGAGCUUCCUGGGUUCUGGAGGUGGACAGUAUAUCGGGUGAACGCUCUAAAGUUUGACAGUGCCAGCAGUCACAAGAGGAAAUUGUAUUUACAUGUAUGGAUAUUGUGCAGGUAGAAGUCACAGUCCUAAUAGGCUUUGUGCCAUUUCCUAAAAUGAAGACAGCGAAGGGUUUUCGAAGUACCCAAGUUAGACAGUUUCCUGUUAAAAAUUGUUUUGGUAUUUGUGAUAAAAGAAACAAUGAGACUUGAGGUUUCAAAUGUGGUUGUUACAGUGAAAGUCUGGUCGAUAAGUUUUCAUGUCCUAAUACUAAAACAAUGGGAAAGUCUCAUAUGGUCAAGAACUGGACACUUCUUUGUAUUUUAUAUACAAUCAUAUUAAUAACUACCAGUUUGAUUGAAAAAUAGAAACAUUGCUAUAUGUUUCUCUGUGACAUGUAAUGAAACACUUCACAUGUUCAAACGAAUGUACUGUAGCACGUUCUUACCAACCAUUUCUGAUGCUCUUUCAGUAAAGUAACAAAGAAGCUGUUGGCAUCAUCUUUUAUUGAGCAGAUAUUUUUAUUAGUCAUUUCCUCAGUAUUAUUUACUUAUUUCUCUGUUAUGAAAGCGUUAUUUUUAUGCAUGUUUCAAGAUUUUUUAUUUUAUACAGUGGCCAAAACUGAUAGCAGUUGAAAAGUGUGGAGAAGUUUGAUUGUAAAGAUUUAUACCAAAUUUGAUAAUUUUGUAAGCUUUAUUGUAUACCGUUGAUGUAAUGCGUACAUGUUUUCAAUACUCUACAUGUAAAAAAUAUAUAUAAUUUUUUUUUUAAUUCUUUGUUUGACAUAAGAUUGGGAAUUUUAUAACAAAAUAAUAGUCAGGCAUCUAAACCUAAUUUUUAGUUGAGCAGGACCUCCUGAUGAUUGCCAGGAAGAAUCUAUGAAAUAUUACAAAUUUAAAGGGAAACACAACCUAAGUUUUUCUGAAACAAUAACUGAAAAUUGUAGAAAUACGAAUUGGCAAAAAUCUAUUUUUUGAAGUCUUAAACCAGGAUGCAUUUUUAAUUGGCCGAAUAGAUAGAAACUGAUAUCAAUAUUUGCUCCAAUACACAAAAUGUCCCAAAUGUCUUUAAUCACAGGGAUUUUUAUAUCAGGUGCCUGUCUCAUAAAACUUGUUACAAUAACAAAUAUACAAUAUAGGCUACUGAAUACUUCUAUCUGAUUGUGAGAGAAACCUUGCAUUUGUUAUCAUAACAAAGUCUGUAUGAAACGGGACCCUGGACCUGAAAGCCAUAUACAGGUUUAGUUUAAUUACUGCCUUGAGAGGUAGGUGUGAAGAUAUUUGUGAUGUCAUGUCUCAAUCGUCCAGAAUCUCCCACUUCCUAGAUCAAAUUCAUUGAAAUUUUCACCAUUUUAUAUAUAUUUGGGGGGCUUUCACACAUUCCACACAAAUAAUUUGAUUGCCCUUUAAUGACUUUAUCUUGAAACCCCCCCCCAAAAAAAAAAAACUAUGUUAACAUUUUCACUUGUCAUUUGGAUGAAAUACUGCCUUCUGUUUACAAAUAAGGAAUUACAUGAAAAUUGGCUGAGCUGUAAACGUAUACAGUACUUCAUAAAUCAGAUUCUUGAAACUGCAAAGAAGAAAAAUGUAUUACCAAAGUGUCGUAAGAAAGUUUGAAACAGGCUGGAUUAGGGAAUUUUACUUGUUCUAAUGAAGUUUAAUGAAAUGGUUAUCAAAUUCAUUAGUGCGUAUAAUUCUUAUUCAUUUUAUAGUGCAAGUUAAAUUGAUAUUGAUUGUACUGCCAAUAAUUCAUGCACUUUAUCAUUGAUCUUUGAUGAUCACACUCCACAACUUAAGGCCCAUAUUUUAAGUAUGGUCUAAAUCUGUGGAGCCAAAUAUGUCAGCUCAGUGAACUGCUGUAUUUUCUUUUAAUUGUAAGUUUAUUGUACUCUUAAUGGUGAAGAUCCUUCCCAUGCAGUUUUUAUUAUUUCAAGUUACAAAUGUGCUGAUAAUUGACUAUUUUGUUUUAAAGAGUUUUAAUGGCGAUUCCGAAAGUAUGUAGUCUGACCUACAUGUGGGCCCUCUUUAUAAUCUUGGUAGUUUUAAUGUUAUCAUGGUUUGAGCAGUUUGUGAAGAUGAGGUAAAUGGAAAGAAAUGGGGUUGGUUGUAUUCUGUGGAAUUUCUUAGGCUAACUCGCUGUUCGAAUACUGACCAGAGGAUAUGAACAAUAUGUAGGAUAACAAACUUUAUCAGACCUGGAACCAAAAAGCAAUAUUUUAUUAUAUCAACAAGUCAAUCUAAAAUUGCAUUUGUUCACAAGCAGGUACUAGGUUUGAAGACCGAUAUUUUCCUACUUUUUGUUUUGAGCGUUUCAUCGAAAUGGAAAUGAUGCUAUAAAAAUCCUACGUAUUAUUAUUUUAAGAUAAACUUUGUGCAAAUCAAGGCCACCGCACACCUUACGACUGGUCUGCGACAAAGUAAAACGUAAUGAAAUUUAAUCUAAUACUGAGACAUGGAAUAUCUUACCGUGUAAAGUUCUUAAGUUAAAAUUUGUGACUAGACUGCUACAAUCCUUAUACUAAAAUGAAGUGAAUACUAAUUCAUAAUGAUGUCAUACGAUUUGAAACCAAUUUGGCCUUUACUCCAAAAAUAAAUGCUUGCAAUCAUCCAAAAAUUGUUAAAUUAGUAUUCUUACAGCUAAUUUGAACCUCAAAUAAAGAGAUAUUUUCGGAAAAAUAGCAAAAUGUGAUCAUGAAGCAGUCGUAUUGUGUGCGGUGGCCUUUAAAGUUUUCAAUACAGGAGCCUCUUUUCAUUCUAAAUUUGAUGGGCAAUUAUAUUGAAGAGGUUGUGUCUCAGUUGCCGUGUAUUUUAAAUCAUUGACAGAUGUUUGAUCCCUUCUUGGUCCACUGCCCUUCUUUCAGCUAAGUGAUAAAAAUAUGCUUCUAAAGUAAAGCAUGCACUGCUAUUUAGAACAAUACUGCCAGCACAUGUUAGGGGGUACUAUUUGCAGGGUAUGAAUUAUUCAAAUACAAAAUUAGUGACAUCAAUGAAGUAUUUUUCUUCAGAUGCACCUUGUCUGAAUCAGUAAUUGUGCGUGUUUUAAUUGCUGUAUGUAAUGUUUUUUUGUGGGGGGGGGGGGGGGGUUGUACUAUGGCUAUUCUCCAGGCAUGGCCACACAGAAUUGUUGUUAGCUUAAGCCCAGUCAUAUUUUCUGGAUUAUGAAAACAUUUAUUUCAAUGUGUAAAUAAUGAAUUGUAACAUAAGGCAUCGCUGCCACAUUACUGAUUGUAACAGGGCCUCUCUUAGCGUUAUCAACGUUUCUGUGCGGUCAGUACAGGUUGUUUGAAAUUAUGGAAUUUAAUAAAAUACAAAAGAAACCAUUGGGAA